CGUCUCUCUUCUUCGUUUCCUCAUCCACUACUACGCUCGCGACCCGAGUCCCACCAGUCCUCUUUCCGCAACCUCCGACGUGCCGCCCCGUUCGUCCCAGAGGCGCGGCGGGCAUAGAGGCUGGAACACGCGCCUCACAAUCUCCUCAGUACCACCAGCAGGGUAUCAGCAGCCAGCAAUCAAAUCCUCCCUCACCAGGAUGCUCCCCACGCUACUCGGCGGCUACCUCACCGUCUCCGCGCUACCGCACCCAACCGCGACAGCGACUCCGCGCGCACGCGUACUCCCUGGUCUCAGGCCCUCCUCCCGCCUCGUCGCCCGCCGAAGCGCAGGGGAAACUGUACACGCAACGGCCACAGAAGAGGAGGAGCAGGAGUGGAAGGAGCUCCAGGAGGAGGGGCUCCCGAUGCGGGGGCAGCACGCCGAGGAUGACCACGACCACGACCCCGAGAUCGCGGACAUUAUGGGGGAUUACUUCGACGACCCCAAGAAAGCCCAGUCCCGUAUGGAGGAAAGGAUAAAGAAGAAGCGGCACAAGAUCGUGCAGGCCAAGACCGGCUCGCCCAAUCCCAUGAAGGUCGUCUUCAACAAGUUUGAUUUCUCCAAUUCAUAUAUAUGGUUUGAGUUCUACAAUGCUCUAUUGCCAAAAGAUGUGAAAUUAAUUUGUGAUACUCUGCGAUCAUGGCAUAUACUUGGACGCCUUGGUGGGUGCAAUUCCAUGAAUAUGCAGCUAUCACAGUUGAGUUUAGAUUGUAAAAGACCAACUUAUGAUGCUCUUGAAGCAGCAAACACCACACCAACAUCCUUUUACAACAUUGGUGAUCUAGAGAUUCAAGAGAACCUAGCACGUGUCUGGGUGGACAUUGGUAUUCAAGAUCCAUUGCUUUUGGACAUCCUGCUUAAUUCAUUAACCACCAUAAAUUCGGA